UCGGGAGUAGCAUGGCGAGAUCAGAGUGUCCAAAGCUCCUUAUCGUUCUUACAUUUUGGAGCUGCUUGCUUAUCGGCUUGGCUCAUAACCCCGAAACGUCUGCUUGCCCAUAUAAUGCAACCGUCGAGGUAAUACAUCGAUUUUUUAACCAAGUCCUGGACUUCAGCAUCGCAGAGGCCCGCAAACAGAUGCCUCAUGACCAAGUUGCCGCAUUCCAACCGUUUUUCGAGGAGCUGGACUCGAUCACCUUAAACGAAGACUACUACAGUAGGGCACAUUACUUGUUUGGCUGGAUUAACGCCGAUGUUAUCUUGAAAAAGGCACCGAAGAAGUGGCUGGAGGAGCUUCUGCCCAAGGAAAAGGAGGAGAUAAAUAAAUUCUUCAGGAAGGUUAAAAGUCACUUGGUGAAGCACUUAACAGAAACAAGCCAAGAUAUUCCAGAGAUUAUUGUCAAUGUCACUCGCUGGGGCAACGAAACCGAUGACAGUUUGAUCAAGUCCUACUGGCAUUUUCCCCUGUUCCUGAAAGAAAAGCUCCCCGAACUGGAUUUGAUGAACUACCUAAAAAUGUCUAUAGCUAUCAGGGAUGGUGAAGUCACGGGCAUUUGGCAAACACUUCCCUAAAGUCACUUUCACCUAAAAUCGAACCAGUAUACUAUUUUUUCUUAAUAAAGCAAAGCUAUACCUAA